UCCAUCGCGCUGUUGGGAACGAUGUCGUCCGGGAGGUACAUGGCCUACUCGCCGUCGCCGUCCGCUCCUCACUCGCCUCACAUCGCCGCCGCAUCUGGAGGAGGCAUCCGCGCCGCCGCCUCUGCUCUGGUUGAGCAGGAAAAGAUUCUUGCAGAACUGCUGGCGGAACGUAACAAAAUUAGUCCGUUUAUGGCCGUCCUUCCGAAUAGCUAUCGGCUGCUGAACCAGGAAAUAUUGCGUGUAACUACACUGUUGGGGAAUGCUUCAGUUUUAGAACAAAGUGGGCUUGAACAUGCAAGCCCCCUGGCUUCAGGAGGAAUAUUUUCAAACGGCGGAGCUAACGUGAACAGAUGGGCAUCACCAUUUCAAUCAGAAAUAUCCGGUUUGAUGCAACCCUCUUCUGCACAAAGUUGGCUUGGCUCCCAAAGCAAUUCAUCGGGUCUUAUUGUCAAGAGAACCAUCCGAGUCGACAUUCCUGUUGAUCAAUAUCCUAAUUAUAAUUUUGUGGGCCGUCUCCUUGGUCCUAGAGGGCACUCUUUAAAACGAGUUGAAGCAACUACUGAUUGUCGUGUUCUAAUCAGAGGACGCGGCAGCAUCAAAGAUCCAACAAGGGAAGAGAUGAUGAGGGGAAAGCCAGGAUAUGAGCACCUUAAUGAACCCCUUCACAUACUUGUCGAGGCAGAACUGCCUGUUGAGAUUAUUGAUGCUCGUUUAAUACAGGCACGUGACAUACUAGAAGACUUGCUCAAACCAGUGGAUGAAUCCCAAGACUUCUACAAGCAGCAGCAGCUGAGAGAACUGGCAUUGCUCAAUGGCACACUGAGGGAAGAAGGCUCUCAAAUGUCUGGUUCCGUCUCUCCCUUCCACAACAACCUCGGAAUGAAGCGCGCAAAAACUAGGGGGUAAGCUUUAGUGGCCAUUUGCCAGACAACGUAAUGAAGCAGCAGCAAUUCACAGAUUAUGCUAUGCUAUGCAUAUGAUGCCAACCAAUGCCAUGCCCCUCUCUCUCUCUAACUGCCAUCGGGGCACUGGUACUGUCGAGUCCCGGUUUCAACAUCUCUCUCUCUCUAUAUAUACAUAUGAUAUGAUACCAUGUGGGGUGUGCUUUGUUACGAUUUAGUAGCGCUACUACAUUAUUAUCUAUCUAUCUAUAUAUCUAUAUAUAUAUAUAUUCAAGUCGGUAUGUGGUUGGGGAGUAGUCUCCGGCCUGUCGGUUGGUUGCCGUAUCGGUUUUAUUUAUUUGUGAUGGGAGUUUUUGUGAUGGUUGUGAGAAGUAAGGUAAGGUAGAAUGCAUUGCAAUGUGAGAUCAAGAACAUACAUUAUAUAUAUGGUAUUUGUUUUAAGUCAUUCUUUCCCCUUCAUGUAAUAAUAAUAUGUAUUAUUGUUUGGAGAAAUAUUCAAUGUUUUCCAUUUA